UACAGUCCAAGUAAAAACAUUCUUCACCUUAUUAGUUAUUUCCCCUUUUAAAUAUUUUUUGACAAUAUAGUUUUCAUCCCCUUAAUAGUAAUACGGAGUAAGUACGAUAGUAUUUAAAUUGCAUAUACGGUAUUACUUAGAUAGUACUCCGUAUGAAUUAGACCAUUGUAAAGGUAUAUAUACACAUACGCGCUCACAUAGUUUUGCAUCCCAUAUCUCUUAAGAUAUUAUUCUUCUCACAUUUCCACCUCUUCUAACUAGUUCGCCGGCAAGAAACCAACCGCCAUGUCGGAGGAGAAGCACCACCGCCACCACUUUGGCCACCGCAAAGACGAUGAAGAGGAGAACAGACAGCCUUCCUAUCCGGACAGGACGACAGCCUACGGCGAUGAUAUAAACAAUAACGACACUUAUGGCGCUUAUGAGAAGCCCUAUGGCCAACAAACUGCCACCGCCUACGGAGGAGAUGAUGACUCCUCUUACAAUUAUGAGAAGAAAACCACCACUGAGUAUGGGUAUGGUCAAGACUCGUACGGCGGCGGUCAACAAGCUGCUGACUAUGAUGACGACAAGCCUGCCGGGAGAAGCCAUGAGGAUUUCGAAAAGGAGAAAAAACACCACAAGCAUCUCCAGCAGAUUGGUGAGCUUGGCACCGCCGCCGCCGGUGCCUACGCCUUGUAUGAGAAGCACGAGGCAAAGAAAGAUCCGGAGCACGCGCACCGACACAAGAUAGAAGAAGAGGUCGCUACGGCGGCUGCCGUCGGCUCCGGUGGGUUUGCGUUCCAUGAGCACCACGAGAAGAAGGAAGCCAAGGAAGAGGAAGAAGAGGCUGAGGGACACAAGAAGAAGCACCACUUCUUUUAAUGGAUUAAUAAACGUUUUGAAAUUCCAAAAUAGGAGUAUCCUGUUUUUUUUCCUGAAUAGGAGUAAAUUUCUACCAAGUUUGACAUUACAAGGCUCUAAACAUGGCUUUUUUUCAAACUUGCCACAUUACUCGUAUUCAGGGAACAAAAAACAUGAUACUCUUAUUUUGAAAUUUCAAAAUGUUUUUACUCCUAUUUAGGAUAAUUUCUGUUAAUAAUUUACUACACGUAUUUGCAAUUACGUAAUUUAAUUUGGAUCGUAUCUGCCAUCUGCAUCUUGUACGUUUAUUUUGUGUACCACUGCCUAUAUAUUUAUACAGUCCGUACGUGUGUGAAUAAUGGCCACCCCUUUAAUUUGGUCUUGUCAGUACUUUGAUGUAAGAGCUUUUAUACGCUGUUUUAUUCAAUAAAUUAUACUCCAUAUGUCUGAUGUUUUUUUAAGGACCGUAUGUACUAUGUCUGAUGUUGAAUUACGUGUUACGUAAUUCAAUGUUUUUACUUGGACGGUAAUUUUUAUCUGGUCUGAUCUGAUAAAUGUCUGGUCUUUGUAUAUUUUAUAACUAUCCAAGUUAGAUUUGGUUUGGUCUUAUUUGAUCUAGUCUGGUCAGGGUCUGUUCAAGUAAAAAUAUCCUAGUUCCAAUUACAAUACAUGCUAAAUUGGAAUACAAGUAUUUCUUCCGCUG